AUGCCAAAUGACAAGAGAGAAUGGGAAUCGAAGAAAAGCGAAACUUCAGAGAUUAUGAAGAGCUGCGGAAACGUGAUAGUUGCCUACUGGACCCCACGACACAAGGCUGUAGGCCUUGCAUAUGCAUGGCAGUCGUAUUGCAGGCUUCCCUACUACGGUGUGACCACAGCAUGCUCUCAGCUCCAAUUUGAAGAUUCGAGAAGAGAACAUUGGACACAGCAUGAAAAUGCGGUCAAGUGCGAAGUGAAAAUGUUUGCGUUGUUGAAAAAUUGA